UGUAUUCUCCCACUAUAUAUAAACACAACCCAUCAAAGAUCUCAAAAAAGUUUCUCCUCAGAAACCCCACAAAACUCCCCCCUCAGGAAUAGCAACAAGAGAGUCUAGAGAGAGAAACAAGAGAGAGAAAGUGACCGGUGGCUUCAAUGGCGGCCGCCGACGGAGUCUUCAAGUGCGUGUACGAGGGCUGCAUCGCCGGCUGUGACACCGCCAUCGAUCGCCGUCCAUACCACCGCAAUUGCACCUGCGCUCUCCACAAGUCUCGCAAAAUCCACUGCUCCUCCCACGGCCUGCCCAAGAGCAAGUCCGUCUCGUACCCGAUCAGGAAGUCCUGGAGCGAGGGUUGCUUGGCCUUGGCCGCCGCGGCGGGGGCUGCUGGCUCCGCCGCCUCGUCGCCGUCGUCCUCUCCGGCGGUAGUCGCCGGAGGAAAGAUUCGCCGGCUCGGAUCGUGCGAAGAGGAGGAGGAGGACGGUGUCGUUUUCUUCAAGGUCGGGAAUUGAAUGUGUCGUUUUUGUCGGUGAGAUAAUUUGUUGGAGAAAUUUUGUAAUGGUUGAAACUUGGAAAGGGUUUUGAAGAAAUUAGACGGAUCUAUAUGUGUGGGGGUGUGAAAUGGAAAAUGGCGUUCUUGUAAUGAUGUUCAUCUAAAAUCCUUUUUCAAUUGUAUCUAUUUAGUUGUGUAAAUAUUGGUGUUCCUUUAUUGUUUAUUUUUUUCCCUUCAAACAAUUAAUAGUCUUAACAAUUUUUGUUCA